CGGAAGGAGGACGGCUGGGGAGUCGCAGCCCGGGAUUGUAAAUAAGACCGCUAAAACUGUGUUUUAUUUACAAAAGUGAUGCCGGCUGUUUUAAAAUUUCGUUCCCAGUUGUUUUAAGUCGUUUUUUUUGUAAUUUUUGGCUCUAUUUCUCGCCUAUUUCCGUGUGGUUUUUACACUACGCGUAUAAUGGCGAGCUCGGCUAACUCGAACCCAGUGCCUAAACUAUACAAGUCUGUGAUUGAGGAUGUGAUCAAUGAGGUGCGAGAGCUGUUCCUGGAUGAGGGAGUGGAUGAGCAAGUGCUGCUGGAGCUGAAAACGCUAUGGGAAAACAAACUGUUGCAGUCCAAGGCAGUGGAGGGCUUCCACACUGAGGAGCAGGCAGCCCUGCAGGCCGCACAGCAGCAGCAGCAGGUGCAGCAGCAGGUUCAGCAGGUCCAACAAGUCCAGCAGGUGACCCAGCCAGCACAGGCCCAGCAAGUCAUCCUGCCUCCUCAGCAGCAGCAAGCUCCCCAGCAGCAAGUCAUUGUUCAGGAUUCCAAGAUUCUACAGCACAUGAGUGCAACGGGGAUGAGUGCAGCAGCUACCGCAGCAACCCUUGCUUUGCCCACAGGGGUCACCCCAUACCAACAGCUCAUCACCAGCCAAGGUCAGAUCCUGCAGGUGGUUCGUGCACCAAACGGGGCUCAGUACAUCAUCCAGCAGCCCCAGCAGCAGAUCCUCCUGCAGCAGCAGAUGCAGCCUGGCGGCGUGCAGGCACCGGUCAUACAGCAGGUAGGCGUCAUCAGGCAUGUCCUGGCUCCUCUGCAGGGAGGCCUGCCCCAGCAAACAGGAGUCAUCAUCCAGCCGCAGCAGAUUGUCUUAGCUUCAGGAAACAAAGUCCAAGGCAAUACACAGGUAAUGCAGGCGACAGCGAUGGCGCAGCAGCCUGGUCAGGCAGCAACAGCUCAGGUCCAGCAGGUUCAGCAGGCCCAGGGUGCAGCUGCACCACAGGUCCCACAGCAGCCCCAGGCCCAGCAGCAGGGCCAGGCUCAACCCCAGCCUCAGGCCCAGCAGCCUCCCAUGAUGCUGCAGGUGGACGGCGCUGGAGACACCUCCUCAGAAGAGGACGAGGAUGAGGAGGAGGAGUACGAUGAAGAUGACGAGGAGGAGAAGGACAAGGAUGGGGGAGAGGACGGACAAGUUGAAGAGGAGCCACUGAACAGUGGUGAUGAUGUCAGCGAUGAGGAGGACCAGGAGCUGUUUGAUACAGAGAAUGUAGUGGUGUGCCAAUAUGACAAGAUUCACAGAAGUAAGAACAAAUGGAAAUUCCACCUGAAGGACGGGAUCAUGAAUCUGAACGGGAGAGACUAUGUCUUCUCCAAAGCCAUUGGGGACGCCGAAUGGUGAAGUAGAAAAAAAAAACAGACAAAGCAACAGGAGCAGGAACUCUGUAACUCCUUCUAUCCAGUUAACAGACACUUCAAUAUCCUUCCAUAUCCUGUGACUGGAUUCAUUUCAGGAAACUUCUUCGGAGUCUUUGAGAACUCUGACAAACCCAAAGGACUGUGAGGUACCGUAAUACAAACCCGUGCGUCGUCAAGAAACACUCGACUAGCCUUGCGGGAUGAGAAACCUACAGGGGACGAGAAAGCCUGCGAACAGAGCGUUCUUUAUCUUCUUUUUUUUGUUGCUUCUUCCAGGCUUCUCUACGUUUUUUCCUGAGAGAAUUCACAUACAUUGGAAAGAAAGCAUUUCACAUCGUACAGGAGUAGUGGACCAGGGUGACCUGACCCAAAGGUCAGAGGUCAUUCAUUAUAACCCCGUAGAUGAGAAACACCUUCAUAAUGCACUGUAGUCGGUUGACUGGAUUGACUCGUGUCUACAUUUAAGUCCAAACUUAGUGCCACCAGUCAAGAUUGCUGCCUUUAGAACGGCCAGAAUCAACCUUGGCUUCUAACUUUUGUUCUUGGAUCAUCACCUGUCUCAAUUCAUGUUUAUGAAAAUGGUGCUCCAGAGUGUUUUAUGUAGUUAACAAUCUGUUAUUGUUUUAAAUUUUUUUAAAUGUGUUUAAUGAAGGGUUAAGACAAAGAAGGUCAAAAGAAAUUAAUCCUAAAAUAACUAAUAGAUGUUUAAAGGCAUUAUUUUAAUCUUCUAAUGAGUGCUCAAUCCAAAAAAAUACUGUUAUUUUCCUCAUCGGCUUCUCUGGAGCUUCAUUCCAUCUUUAUCCAAAAACAUAACAAAAAAAAUGGAAGAACAAAUCCAACACAGAAUUCAUUUAAGAAUUGUACAAAAUGUGUGGAAGUGUGUCCAGUUGUAUCUUCUUUGCUCUUAUUUUAGUUCCCUGCAGCCGUCUGAAAAUUUGCACUGUCAGUUUAUCAAUGUGUUGUGAAUCAGUCAGUCGAGUUAAUCAAUAGCCACAGCGUGCUCUCUUUUGUCUGUGUGUGUGUGAGGAGGUGUGAGAGGCUGAGUGUGUGUUGUCACUGCUUUUCUCAAAAUGUAUUAGUUUAUUUUCUUGCACACCCCAUACUCUCAAACUGUCAGUGGAAACAGUAAAAUCGUUUUUAAUUUCAAUUUUUUUUUAAUUUAUUCCUGAAAGUUCAUAAAAUGUACUAUUUUUUUGAAAGGUUGGAAAGCCGCACCAAACUGUGCUCUUAUAAUCUAAUAAGUGUUCCUUUUUUUUCUCUGUUGGUUGGACAAAGCUACAUAACGCUGUGUUCCAAAUCAUUUCGUCCACCAUAUGUUCCUCCUGUGCUUUCAUUUUAUUCAUGACUUUUAAAUGAGAAUAUUUUCUAUCGAAGUGAGUUUAACUCUGGGGGCCCGUGUGUUUCUCUGCAGUUUGUUUUUAGUGCCCCUGUUGCAGCAAUUUGAAAUAAAGUAUGUGUUUUUUGA